GACACAACACAGUGAGACGCAGUCAGAACAGCCAGGGAAGUAGGAAGGGAGAACGCAGAGACAUACCAUAGCAGUGGAAAAUAACUGGGAUAAUCAAGGCCGCCUUUCCAAAGUAAAAGGCUCAGAAUGGAUUCCACACAGCCUACUGCGCCCCACCACGACAACGCGGGCUUCGGGGACGACAACGAUAGACCUCCGUCCUAUAACCAGUCCCAGGACCUGUACCCUACCGUCCCACAAUUGUCCCCGCAACCUGUCGUCACGACCAGCACCAGCGUCCCACAAUUGUCCCCGCAACCUGUCAUCACGACCAGCAUCACUACCAUCGUUCGGAGAAUAGAACCAAAGAGUAACAUGAAAAAUGUGUUGCGUGGACUGGCCUCCUCCGUGCUCAUCAUGUUAGUGAUGGGAGUGUUGAUCUGGUACUUCGCUUUCUUCGAGAGAGAGCUGUACCAUGAAGGUGGCAUUGACCUACCACAACCAACCCCUGUGACCGACCACAACCAACCACAGUUGUGUGACGGCGUCAAAGACUUGAUAGGAGGAGAGGACGAGUCCCAAUGCCUUCGCCUCCAUGGGACCGACUUUGUACUGCAGAGCUUCUCAGCCACCAGCCACACCUGGCGGCCUGUUUGUGCGGAGCGCUGGAGAGACGACUUGGGCAGAGCUUCCUGUAAACAGAUAGGCUACUCAGGUACCGAGUUUGUUUCCUCCACCCAGACGGGUGCAGGCUCUCUGGGGACGGGAGGCUACAGCAAGCUGCAGUUAGGGUUCUACCAACCGGGUGACCAGAUUCAUUCGUACCUCAGAGACAGCCGAACGUGUAAUUCCAACAUGGUUGUCAGUCUGCGCUGCAUUGCGUGCGGUGUCAGUGAGAUGGACCCCAGCACGCGCAUCGUGGGCGGGACCCCUGCGGAUAGGAGGGCCUGGCCCUGGCAGGUCAGCCUGCAGUACUACGGCCAACAUUUCUGCGGUGGCACCAUCAUCGGCCAAUACUGGAUCCUAACGGCCGCCCACUGCUUCCCAUCAGAGCCGUCUGAUACAUCUAUAUUGCGUGUCUACUACGGGGGCGUUCGCCUGAGUUGGAUGAGUUGGUUUUCCAGUGCGUUGGUGCGAAGAAUCAUCGUCCACAAGGACUACAACAUCGAGCCCCAUGCCAACGACGUGGCUCUCCUGAGGCUCAGACGACCUCUGACCUUCACCCGGAAUGUGAGGCCGGCAUGUUUGCCCAACGUCGGCGUGAACCUGAACCCAGAGCGAAACGCCUGGACCACCGGUUGGGGAACUCUGAGCUCUGAGGGGGUCAGCCCGGAUGAGUUGAUGCAGGCCGAGGUGACCAUUUACAGCAGAGACAGGUGCAACCAACGGCACAUAUUGGACCAACAGGUGACUGAAACCAUGAUCUGUGCUGGAAAGUUGGCUGGAGGAGUGGAUUCAUGUCAGGGGGACAGUGGGGGACCACUGGUGGCCAAGGAAGGUGGUGUGUGGUGGCUGGUUGGGGACACCAGCUGGGGCGUUGGAUGUGCCUUACGGGACAGACCAGGGGUGUACGGCAACGUGACCUACUUCUCGGACUGGAUCCAUAAGCAAAUGCAGUUGGACUGAAAAAUCUCUUCAUGAAAUAUUUGAGUACAUGUUGGUUUCUUAUGAUUGUUUUAAUUAUUAGAUUUCAGCAAUAUACAGCAUUUUAGAUGGUAUAUUUUUGAUAUGGUGAAGGGACUGUGUACAUUAAUUGAAAUUAGUGUUUAUUCUUAAACAGAUAGAUGUUUUAGAUUGUUUUUGUUUGUGUUUUGCUGCUGGUUAUUCAACUUUUAUGCAGCAUGCAUAUAAUGGACACCGUCAUGACAGAACUUAAAAGCAGACACGUACUCAAUCUAUUUAAUGAAACGUGGAUGUGAUAGCACUUUUAUCCAGCCAGAAUGUCUUUUUCCAAGUAUCAAAUGAAUUACAUUUUCUUUAAAGACGAAAUGUGUAAGAUUAAAACCCUCCCAGUUAGGAGUCGUUAGACUUUCAUCAUUCAACAAGCUCAAUGACAGUGUUCUGUCCACUCUGAUUUGAAAUCCCUAUGGAUCAGACUAUGAAUCCAGGUAAUUUCAAACAGAGAGCUAAUUGAAAUGUGACACAUUGCGACUUUAAGUAGAAUAUCAACACUCUUUACACAGAGCAAUAUAAAAACAAUACAUACUUGUACAUAGGGUUUUAUAUAUAAAUGUGGCCAUUUGUUUUGGUUUCAUAUUAACCAGUGCAACACAUCGUUCAAUGAUUACUUUAUAUGUAUGUAGAAAGAUUUAUAUUGGUUACAUACAACAAACAGACCUAGGAUUGCAGUUAUUUUAGGGAAAGAACUAUACAAAAAUAUGUAGCACAUGAUGUCUAUGUCAAUAAUCUGAGAAUUUCAGACCAAUUCCAUCAUCUGUUUGCAUUAUCCUGAAAUUCCACAGGUAGCUGCAUUUAGAUGCAAACUACCUCCUAAUAAGGUGCCUAUCCUUGUGUAUUGCAAUACCAUAAGGUUAUUUAUGUCAAAUAAUUAAAUGUUUACAAUAAUAAAGAUUUUGUUUU